AUGCCAUUGCAGAAACUUCGCAGAUUUGGUCAUAAGCUGGCACGCAGACGUACACUGGAGCCAGGCAUGGCUGAGACUCGCCUUGCCAGAUGCCUGAGCACUCUGGAUUUAGUGGCCCUGGGUGUGGGCAGCACAUUGGGUGCAGGCGUGUAUGUCCUGGCUGGGGAGGUGGCCAAAGAUAAAGCAGGACCAUCCAUUGUGAUCUGCUUUUUGGUGGCCGCUCUAUCUUCUGUGUUGGCCGGGCUGUGCUAUGCAGAGUUUGGUGCCCGGGUUCCCCGAUCUGGUUCAGCAUAUCUCUACAGCUAUGUCACUGUGGGUGAACUCUGGGCCUUCACCACUGGCUGGAACCUCAUCCUCUCCUAUGUCAUUGGUACAGCCAGUGUGGCCCGAGCCUGGAGCUCAGCUUUUGACAACCUGAUUGGGAACCACAUCUCUCAGGCUCUGCAGGGGAGCAUCUCACUGCAUGUUCCCCAUGUCCUCGCAGAAUAUCCAGAUUUCUUUGCUUUGGGCCUUGUAUUGUUGCUCACUGGAUUGCUGGCUGUGGGGGCUAGUGAGUCGGCCUUGGUUACCAAAGUGUUCACAGUGGUGAACCUUUUGGUUCUCGGUUUUGUCAUCAUCUCUGGCUUCAUUACGGGGGAUGUACACAACUGGAAGCUCACAGAAACGGACUACAAACUGACCAUGGACAAACUCAAUGAUACUCAUAGGUUGGGCCCUCUGGGCUCUGGAGGAUUUGUGCCUUUUGGCAUCGAGGGGAUUCUCCGUGGAGCAGCUACCUGUUUCUAUGCAUUUGUUGGUUUCGACUGUAUUGCUACCACUGGGGAAGAGGCCCAGAAUCCCCAGCGUUCCAUCCCCAUGGGCAUUGUGAUUUCACUGUUCAGCUUUUUGGCCUCUUUUGCCGUCUCUUCGGCACUCACGCUAAUGACUUACUAUCAGCUUCACUCUGAGAGUCCCUUGCCUGAGGCAUUUCUCCAUGUUGGAUGCGCCCCUCCCCGCUAUGUUGUGGCUAUUGGAUCCCUCUGUGCUCUUCUACCAGGUCACCUCUUGGGCUCUAUGUUCCCCAUGCCUCGGGUGAUCUACGCAAUGGCGGAGGAUGGAUUGCUCUUCCGUGUCCUUGCCCGGAUCCACAGUGGCACACGCACCCCCAUCGUAGCCACUGUGGUUUCUGGCAUUAUUGCAGCAUUAAUGGCAUUCCUCUUUGAACUUGCUGAUCUUGUGGACCUCAUGUCAAUUGGGACCCUGCUUGCUUACUCCCUGGUGUCUAUUUGUGUUCUCAUCCUCAGAUAUCAGCCUGGCCAGGAGAUGAGGAUUGAGGAAGAUGAACUGGCAUUGCAGGAGGAGACGAUGCCUGAAAUAGAAAAGCUGACCCUACAGGCACUAUUUUGUCCGCACAACCUCAGCCCCACUCCACUCUCUGGCCAAGUUGUCUAUGUUUGUUCCUCACUACUUGCUCUGCUCCUAAGUGUCCUUUGCCUGGUGCUGGCCCAGUGGUCAAUUCCACUGCUUUCUGGAGAUCCAGUGUGGAUUGCAGUGGUUGUGUUGCUCCUGAUGCUCAUUACUGGGUUCACUGGGGUCAUCUGGAGACAGCCACAGAGCUCUGCUCCCCUUCACUUUAAGGUACCUGCUUUGCCUCUCCUCCCACUAAUGAGCAUCUUUGUGAAUGUUUACCUUAUGAUGCAGAUGACAUCUGGCACCUGGGCCCGAUUUGGGGUCUGGAUGGUGAUUGGGUUUGCAAUCUAUUUCGGCUAUGGAAUCCAGCACAGCCUAGAAGAGGUUAAGAGUGAUGAACCCCCACUCAAGUCUAGAACCCGAUCUGUAGACUUUGAUCUCAGCAGUACCUAA